UUCUCAUGCCUUUUUGUCCUGGCCCCUGCUGCAACCUGUGGUUAGUUCUCCAUACUGGCUCUGCAGGACUGCUUGUUAAGGAAACCACCAGCUCCUUGGGCUCCUCACUAUGGCUGCUGCUUCCUUGCUACCCCCAGUCACUCUUACCAGGGAAAUACCUGGUUACUACAGGGAUGAGAAUCGGAGACUCUGGAUGGUUGUAAGCCUGUUAUUUACCUCCGACCAUCCAACUCAUGACAGGCCUGGAACCUCUAUCAUGGUCACUUUGUGGCAGGUGGGCGAAUGCUGCAAGGAACUCCUGCCCCACUUCUUCUCAAUUAUGCCAUAUCUCCCCAGGAUGCUGCAGAGACAUUCUGUGUUUUCAUACAGUGGGACAGACUCAAGGAUGUGGAAAUUAGUGAACCAUUACAGGCUGGGGGACACAGAGCACCUGAUCCUAGAGAUGGAGACUGAACUCGUUAACAGUCCUGCCUGCUCGACUCAGCCCUGAACUUCACAUGAUCUGCUGUGAGCCUGGCUGUCUGUGUCCUGAGCCUUCUCCCUUCCGGGGUACAGCUGUGACUUUCUUGUCUUCUUUUGCCUCUGAUGCUGACCAUACAGAUUGUCCUUCUAAAGACCUCUCAUCCCUUUGAACCCCUCCCCUGGCCUCCCAGUACAGCAUGCCCCUCGGGUGACUCUGAUCUGGAGGCACCUGUGGAGCAGGCAUGGAUGGGGACUCCACACCCUGUGGUUUUCUGAGCUACCAAUGCUGGCUGGAAGUUGACCUGGUACUGGGCAGAGGACUCUGUGCUCCAUGCUUGAAGGCACAAUGGGAUGUGCACAGGGGCAUCUGGUCACUUCUCCCACAUGCUCAGGACUUGGUUCCCAGAAGUGAUGCUGACCCUAAACCCACCCCAAACUUGUUUUUAACUAAUUAAACUUACUGCUUGUACUUAAA